UAAGUCACUAGGCAGGGUAAAAAAACAACAAACUAAAACCAUGGCAAGAAGCGCAGAAAAAGCCAUGACGGCUUUGGCAAGAUUCCGUAGAAUGAAAAUGGAGGAGGGAAAAGUUGUAGAACGUCGCCCAUACAUUGCUUCUGAUUGUGACAAUUUACAAAAAGCGGAAAAAUGGCGUCGACAGAUUCUUGGCGAAAUUUCAAGAAAAGUCGCACAAAUUCAAAAUGCUGGUUUAAUUGAUCAUCAAAUACGGGACUUGAACGAUGAAAUAAAUAAACUGUUGCGUGAAAAAAAGCAUUGGGAAGAUAGAAUUAUUGAACUUGGGGGUCCGAAUUACAAACGUAUCGGCCCUCGAAUGCUGGAUCAUGAAGGCAAAACAGUGCCGGGAAACAGGGGAUACAAGUACUUCGGAGCAGCGAAAGAUUUGCCAGGUGUGAGAGAACUCUUUCAGCGAGAUGCUCCAUCAAAGAAACGUAAAACAAGGGGACAAUUGAUGAGAAAUUUAGAUGCAGAUUAUUAUGGUUAUCGGGAUGAAGAUGAUGGUGUGUUGGUUCCGCUUGAAAAAGAGGUCGAGGCUAAGCUUAUUGCGGAAGCCGUUGAAGAAUGGAAAGCCUCACAUGGGAAUGACACUGCCAAUAUUACAGAAAUAACAUCUAAAGAGGAGGAUAUUUAUGCAACAGAUAAUCCGGAGGUUCUAGGCGAACAAUAUGAGGCAGAUGAAGGAAAGCCAGGUUUUGUUGCACAUGUUCCAGUCCCAAGUCAAAAAGAAGUCGAAGAUGCAUUGCUUCGUCGCAAAAAACGAGAAUUGUUGGAGCAAUAUGCGAGCGAAACAUUACAAAUGCAAAGCUCUGAUGCCCGUACUUUGUUGGGUAUUUGAAAUUGUUUUCUUGAAUGCCUCAGAAAGCAAAUAUGGCAAGGGUCAAUACUUUCAGAUGAGCUUCAUUGCUUUGCUGAUCUAGAUUGAUUCGAGGUGCGAUACCCAUCAGAAUAAUUGAAUACAACAAAUUCAUGUUCACUCGUAUUAUCGGGCCGAAUGCGCAUUUUUAAACACUCACCAGCUACAAUGGUAGAUACAGAACAACUUUUUGCUUAUAACUAAUGCACACCAGCAAAUCUCUAUCAAGGAUUAUAUGUAGUAAGAUUGAAUUUGACAUAGCUGUGUGCCGUGGAAUGCAUUAUACUCCACUCGUAUUAUCUUUGUAACAAUUAUUUGCUUCGUAUCCUUUAGUUGACGGUUUUCCGUGAGCACUUCGUUCAUUCUCAAUUUUUUUGCUCAUCAACCAUUGGGCCCUGAAGCUUCACUCAUGGGUCUUUAGAAGGGUAUGAAUAAAUGUUUUGUUCAGCAAAGUGGCGCAAAAGAGGCAUUCAUGAGCACUUUCCCACAUAUUUUAAAUAAAAAAAAUUAUCUUGUCUUAUAGAGAGUUAAAUGCUAAUUUUAUCUGUUUACCAAAUUGUUCAGUCCUAACAUUUUCCUGAGCAGUUUCCCAUCAUUCAUGUGGUAUAUAUUGAUUUUUUCUGAAUUGGUUCAUACUGAAAUUGUUUAAAAUGAGUAUUUUAACAUUUCCUGGUCACAAUGAACGGAUUCUAAGCCUCUCUGCUAUAUUUCUACUGAAUAAGUCUUACUGUAUGUAACAGGUACUUCCUUCCUUUCUAUUUCCAAACACCUCUAUUUUAAUUAUUGUGUUCAAACAUGUCAAUUAUGAUGACAGAUGAAAAAUAAUAAAAACAUUUGGUGUAUGCGA